GACCCUGCUACUGACUUGGGUGUCAUUCAAAUAAAAAGCCAAGGCGUUUGAAGAAGGGGGUGUUCUCGCGUCUUUGGAUUCUGAGCGUUACAUUGAACAGCUACAGUGGAAGAACUGUACUAGGAGACAAGGGAUGCAACAACUCCCAGAGCUACUUCGAAACCUUUGAAGCCUCUUUCCUAACAGAUCAGCUGGAGGAAUCUCUAGAAGUUGCCUGCUAGUGCCAUUGUAACGUAUACGUUACAAACCAUGCCAGCCCGCUGCGUAGUGGCCAGGUGUUCCAACACCACCCAAGACGGUGUAUCCUUGUUCAAAUUUCCAAGAGACCCUCACGUUAGGAGCCUGUGGGACAGAUUUGUUCGGAUGAAGAGAGCAGACUGGAGAGGGGGACACGACCGCUCGCUGAUCUGCUCCGCGCACUUCACGGACGAGUGCUUUGACAUUUCAAGUGUGACGCAAAAAAAAUUAGAAUUUGGAAAGCGGUUACUUCUAACCAAAACAGCGGUUCCAACUCUGAACGUUUGCCCGAAUGUGAACGGGAACCCACAGUCCCUAUCGCAACCAAAAGGAAGAGGAGCCUUCCGGAAAAAAAUCAUCCAAGAGGCUGAUGAAUGGGAGGUGGAAUCGCAGCCCCUGGCCGCCUUACAUCCACCGGUCCUCCCUGAGCAAACGUCUGUACAAGAAACACCACCUCCAAGUGCAGAGGCUUCCCUUCGGACUGUAUUAGCCGCAGUCCAAGCUGUUGAGAAGAAAUUAGAUUCUCAUGCCACGAGGUUGCUGGGUCUGGAAGGGAGAAUGUGGAUGGCUGAAAAAAAACUAAUAGGCUGUGAGAGAACUGUAGUGGAGUUUGGGAACCAGCUGGAGAGUAAAUGGGCCGUGCUGGGAACUCUGAUCCAGGAGUACGGGCUGCUGCAGAGGAGGCUGGAGAACAUGGAGAACCUGCUGAAGAACAGGAACUUCUGGAUCCUGAGGCUCCCCCCAGGCACUAAGGGGGAGGUGCCCAAGGUGCCAGUGACAUUUGAUGACAUCUCAGUCUAUUUCAAUGAGCAGGAAUGGAAAAGCUUGAGUGAAUGGCAGAAGGAGCUUUACAAGAACACGAUGAAGGGGAAUUAUGAGACCCUGAUCUCACUGGACUAUGCUGUUUCUAAACCUGACAUCCUGUCCCGGAUAGAGCGAGGGGAGGAGCCGUAUAUCGGGGAUCCGCAGGCCUCUGAAGAAAUGAAAAUCUCUAUUGAACCGUGUGUCAAUUCUCCCGUUGCUGCACCUGGCCGGUUGUGCCAGACCGAACAAGGUGCAGAGCUGUGUGUUGGGGAACAGGGCGAUGCUAAGGAAAGAGGUGUCCCUGCAGACCGCAGCACAGGAACCAAUUACACAGUCUCCGGCUGUGAUGUUUUAUCAUGGAUUAAACGAGAGGAACAGUCCGGUGCUGAGAAUCAGGAACGCGUUGGGGAAGGAGAGCUCUCGACAGACCCCAGUGCUGUGUUUGUGGAGAUUAGCAAAGCAAUACGUUACUCUGUCUGCCAUGAACAGGACGCGCAGCUUCUGCACGCGACGCUUCGUGCCGGAGGGACGUCGAGGAAGAGCCAAGUGUGCGGGAUAUGCAGGUGUUGGAGGAAAAGCGACUCCAUACAGAGCUCUGCGCAGACUCCUGCUGUUCCCGAACAAACUCCCGUGAGAGAACCCCAUCAUCACACUACAGAGAUCUCCUUGUGGACAGUAGUGGCUGCCAUCCAAGCCGUGGAGAGGAAGGUGAAUUCCCAUGCCACGCAGUUACUGAAUCUGGAGGGGAGAACAGGGACAACCGAGAAGAAGUUAACAGGCUGUGAGAGGACAGCGAUGGAAUUUGGUAACCAGCUGGAGAGUAAGUGGACUAUUUUGGGAACUCUGAUCCAGGAGAAUAACUUCCUGCAGAGGAGGCUGGAGAACCUGGAGAACCUGCUGAGAAACAGGAACUUCUGGAUCUUAAGACUGCCCCCAGGCACUAAGGGAGAAGUCCCCAAGGUGCCGGUGACAUUUGAUGACGUCUCAGUUUAUUUUAACGAGCAGGAGUGGGAGAACUUAGAGGAAUGGCAGAAAGAGCUUUACAAGAAUGUGAUGAAGGGGAACUAUGAGACCCUGAUCUCUCUGGACUACGCUGUUUCUAAGCCAGACGUUUUAUCCCGCAUUGAACGAGGGGAGGAGCCGUGUGUCGGGGAUCAGCGGGAAUCCCUGGAAGGACUGGAGGAAAGAGACCAGAAGAAAGAAGGGCUGGUGGAAAGAGAAAUCCCUGUGGACCCCAGCGCAGGCCAGGCCGUUUCCAACCCUGACAUCCUGCCCCGGGCUGAAGGAGGGGAGGAGCCGUGUAUCAGGGCCCAGGGGGGUUCGCCGGCCAGAGAAAUUCCCCUGGAGCCCAGCGCAGGUUCCACAUCUGCCACUUCACCCUGGAUCAAAGGAGAGGAAGAGCUGGAUGCUGGGGACCAGCAGGAAUUGGGGGAAGGAAGAAUUCUCACAGGCUCCAGUAUGGCAAAUGAUGGGACAGCAAGCAAACAGGAGGAGAAGCCCCAGGAGGGAUGUCUGGAAAAGUUAGAACCACACAGGACUUUGUUGGUGAAAUCAGAAGAGGAGGUUUUGCAGAGCCUACAGCAGGGAGCGGCUGCACAGCUGGCUAACCCUGCAGUCAUCAGAAUGGAGCAAUCAACCCAGUGCGGCCGAGACUUCAGCCUGCUCAAGGGCUUCGUGGUGCAGCCGGGAGAGAAGCCCUUUGCCUGCAGUGAAUGCGGGAAGAGCUUCCGGCUGAAGGGGAAUUUGGUCAAGCACCUGCGGAGCCACGCCAAGGUGCGGCCCUACAAGUGCACCGAGUGCGAGAAGAGCUUCAACUGCCAGUCAGACCUGCUGCGACACCAGAUGAUUCACCGCGGGGAGAAGCCCUACAAGUGCAGUGAGUGCGAGAAGAGUUACAGCCGCAAGGUGUAUCUGCUCAACCACCAGCGUGUGCACACGGGGGAACGGCCCUUCCAGUGCACGGCGUGCGAGAAAAGCUUCCGGCAGAAGGCCGUGCUCAUCUCGCACCAGCGCCUGCACACUGGCGAGCGCCCCUACAAGUGCACCCAGUGCGACAACAGCUUCAGCGAGAAGUCCAAGCUCAACAACCACUUCCGCAUCCACACGGGAGAAUGGCCCUACAAGUGCACCAAGUGUGACAAGAGCUACAGCCGCAAGGUGUACCUGCUCAACCACCAGCGCCUGCACACCGGCGAGCGGCCCUUCCAGUGCACGGCGUGCAGCAAGAGCUUCAUGCUCAAGACGAGCUUCAUGAAGCACCAAAGAAAUCAUGUGGAAGAAAGACCCCACCAGGGCGGCCCAGCUGCUAAAAGCCAUGGCAGGUCUGUCGACCAUCAGGGUAACGACCCGGGAGAAGGGCUGAAACGCCACACUGAGUGUGGGAAAAGCAUCACGGGGAAGCCUGAGCUAGAGACGCUCCAGCAGGUCCAUGUCCGGGAGCGGCCACAUCAGUGUGGCGCGUGUGAGAAAAGCUUCCGAUAUGAGGAAUCUCUGAGAGAACAUCAGAGUCUCCACAUCACAGAGCAAGGGCAUCCGGAGGUUUCUCGGAGCCCCGGACAGGGAGCAGAGGCCGGACUCCUUGUUGUAAAGAUGGAAGAUACGUGGUAGCCAGUGGAGUUAACGUUCAGCAGGUGCGUUAGUCAGACGAAAGGCAAGAGGAGGAGUUGAAACGUCCAUGGUUUAGAGAGAGCUUCACCUCAUCAGAUCUGACUGCGUGUCUGAAACCCAGCCCGUAGACUUCCUUCUGUCACUACCUGAAAGGGGAACCAGGGACACUAGCUGAGGGGGAUUCUUCUCUCUCAACUGAAAAUGCAGCAACAGCACCUUGGGGACAUGCAGGGGAACCAACUUCUGCUUGGGAAAUAUCCCCACAUGAUGGCAGGUGGACGGCACCGGGAGAGAAAGAAGUCGGAGGAACAUGAAUGACUGGGAGUAGGAGGGGGAUGGGCACUCUGUAUAGAAGGCCUGUCGCUGGGCCUCACUGGACAAGACUGAAUUGCAGUUGCUUAGGAUAUAAGCUGACAUCUCAAGUUCAGCCCCAUGGCCCACGUCCAAUAUAGUUUAGGAGGUCUGGUCUGCUCUUGUUACUAAUGCGACCCUCGCUUUAGCCUUCACUCACCUUGAGGACCUGUGAAUUCUCUAGUGACUCCAGCAGAAGAGGGACUCAGGAGUAAAAUAAAAAAGGGGAGAUAAUGAGAAAUGCCCUGAAAAAAUUGGGAACACAUGGGAAGUUAGUACUGUCGGUAAAUUCAAAGAGAUGAUUUCCCCGAGUCCUGACCCAGGAACUAUCUGGGCAGGUCACCACAGUGGAGCUUUUCACUUGGGCAGGUGGGGUGCAUGUGUGUGGGGGGAGGCAGGGGGGGAUAGUUGAGGUGCUUCUUAUCAUGUAACAUGUACAAAUCUGAUCAUGACUCUUAAGACCUAAAGUUAACAUGGUCACCUCAUCCUUCAGCGUGAGAAGGCGGUUGUUCCUAUCUCCCCCGCAACACCACCUCGGCCAUUUCAUUUUAUUUUGAUGUAUGUACUGUAAUAGCAUUGUCUGCUGUUAACCAAGGCUUAACAGGGCCUCUUGAAUGAGUCCAGCAAUAGGGACACAUACUGCUACAUCGCAGCGAGCUUGCAGUUACCUGCUAUAGGGUUCAGGAUAUUGUUAAUAUCAUUAAUAAGCAAAUCACACUUUUAACUUUUAAAUCA